AUGCCUAAGAAUAGCAAGGUGGUAAAAAGAGAAUUAGAUGAUGAUGUCAUCGAAUCCGUUAAAGAUCUCCUUUCCAAUGAGGAUUCUGCUGAUGAUGCCUUUAAGAAGAGUGAACUGAUUGUUGAUGAUCCCGAAGAAAAAGACAUUGAUGUUGAAAAAGGCUCUGAUGGUGAUCGUGAAAGACCAGCUUGGAAUAGCAAGCUGCAGUACAUCUUGGCGCAGGUUGGAUUUUCUGUUGGUUUAGGAAAUGUGUGGAGAUUCCCCUACCUGUGUCAGAAGAAUGGAGGAGGUGCAUAUCUUAUGCCAUAUUUAAUAUUGCUGCUGAUAAUAGGCAUUCCACUUUUUUUCCUGGAACUUGCUGUUGGUCAGAGAAUCCGCAGAGGAAGUAUUGGUGUGUGGAAUUACAUCAGCCCUAAACUAGGCGGGAUUGGAUUUGCAAGUUGUGUAGUAUGUUUCUUCGUGGCCCUCUACUACAAUGUUAUCAUUGGCUGGAGCUUGUUUUAUUUUUCACAGUCUUUUCAGCAGCCUCUUCCAUGGGAUCAGUGCCCUCUGGUGAAAAAUACUUCUCAUACUUUCGUGGAGCCGGAGUGUGAAAAGAGUUCUGCCACAACCUAUUACUGGUACAGAGAAGCCUUGAACAUUUCGGACUCCAUCUCAGAAAGUGGAGGCCUCAACUGGAAGAUGACAGUCUGCUUACUGUCUGCCUGGGUAUUGGUGUGCUUGGCAAUGAUCAAAGGCAUUCAGUCUUCGGGCAAAGUUAACUGGGCAUUAGAUUCCUAUGGAAAUUCUGGCAAAUAUCGUGAGAAGAUAACUUUAAUGAAAGCUUUCUUUAGACCACUCAGGAAAAUGGCAACAUUCAUUAAAACAAAGACAGAUGCCUUGGCUACUAGGAUUAUUGACUAA